CGGCACCCUGCGUUUAGCGCUUUGAAGCAGCUCCACCAUGGCUGACGCUCUGGCGUCAUUGUCCUUUCAGGUCUUAGUCAUUGGCAGCCGCAGCAGUGGCAAGUCCUCCUUUGUUCGCGCCGCGUGGAACGAAUCCUCCGACCACGCGGCGGGGGAGGAAUCCGCCGACGGAGUGCAGAUCCGCAAAGUGACCUCCCUUUACAGCACCUUCAGCACCGUGGUGGACUUUUUAGAGAUGCCGGCAGAGGAUCGCUACGUACCACUCCUGCCGCAUUUUGGUGGCUCUGCCGCCUGUAUCGCGCUGGUGGUCAACAUCGCUGAUCCUCAUGGCCACACAGAUCUCUGCAAUCGCCUAGCAGCUCUGGGUGCUCCAGCGCCCUGUGGCUUGCUGGUGGUGCAAGGCUCCUUACCAGCCAGCGCAGCCUCCGGUGAGGAACGGAGACGUUUGGAGCCUCUGCGAGAUGUCGCCGCGCGUUGGGGCUUGAAGUUCUUGCGCUUCGAAAGCCUUGAACAGAUGGAGAAGGGUCGACUUCUGCAUGCGGUCUGCGACUUGGUCCUUGGAGACGUCCCUGAUGGAGCGGAUCCCAUCCAUUUGGUGGGCCGCCGCGUCACCCGCAACUGAGAUUCACCUGGCACCACGGCGCCCAAGAUGGGCGCCUGCCACUCGGGGCAAAAAGAAGGGUGGCUCCAAUGUGG